GACAGUUAUUUCUAUUACUUCUUUUGCAGCUCUAAUCAUGUUAGAUGAAAUCGAAAAUAUUAUAAAUAACUUCAGUUUAACAGCUACCCAUGAUAUUAAAUCAACCACAGUUAGCGACAUUAACGAUCUUUAUCAUUUGAUUCAACAAGGACAAAAUAAUAUUACACUUGCAGCCCAAGAUCGAGAAGAAGCAAAUGAAUCUGAUCAAGUAUCUGAACUCGAUUCAAAAUUUAAACAAUUGAUUGAUCUCGAAGCUAGACUUAAAUUACAAGAGAGGACCAUUUUGUUAAUGAAGGAUCGAAUUUACCAAGGCGAAAAAAUUAGUAAUCCUGAAGAAUAUUAUAAAACAUUAAAGAGUGAAUUAAUGAAAGAAUUACCUGCAACUGACGAUGAUAAAUAUUUUACAAAUCAAAAAUAUAUUAGUUUUAGACAGCAUUUAUGGAGUAUUAAUCAUCUGUACGAUGCUAUGCCGAGCUUAACAUCUAAUAACAACGAUGAUGAUGAUGAUAUUGUUAUGGGUCCUACAAAGAUUUCACUUAAAUGUCCAUUAACAACAACAUGGUUGGAAGAACCCAUGACAAGCUCUGUCUGUAAGCAUACAUUCUCAAAAGCAUCUAUAUUUGCUUUAUUGAGAUCAAAUAAUGCUAUUGAAUGCCCUAUUCCUGGUUGCAAUCGAUACAUACAAAAACAGAAUCUAUAUUCUGAUGAUAUAAUGGCAGAUAGAGUUAGGAGAGCCAAAGCAAAAGAAGAAUAUGAUAAUAAAUUACGUAAUAGAGGCGAGCUAUUCGAUGUUGAAUAAAAAGGGAUAUUUUAUUUUAUACCAUGU